AUGCCGCCUUCCUCGAAGCAGCGGCCUUUCGCGACGACCGCCGCCGACUCGACGCAGCUCUCCGCUUCCAGCGGUGCCGGCCGUUCACCUUCCGAGUCGACGGAUCUCAACAACUAUGGCAAUAAUAUGUACUUGAACCCUGAAGCCGGCUUCGACGACGAUCACCGAACGGGCACUGGCCCAGCUGGCGACGCCGUCAUUGCGCCGGCCGGUCUCGUUCAACCGAUCGGGUCAAACCAGCCGUCGAUGAUCCUGUUCGACCCUAGGGCAUCUCCUCUCUCGGAUGACGAUGAUUCGGAUGGUGAAGGAUCGAAUCCCAGGCCAAAGAAGCGCAAGAGUCAAGGCAACCUUCGCUCAACGGCAUCGAUGCAGAGUCUCAAGUCCGCGGCGGGCGAUGACCAGGACAAGUCACGGCGCAAGAUUCAGAUCGAAUACAUCGAGGAGAAGAGCAAGCGGCACAUCACUUUUUCGAAGCGGAAAGCCGGUAUCAUGAAAAAGGUUAGUUGCUACACUCCAGUGUCGUUGAUGCAAGCAUUGCAUAGACCGCCGGACGAUUGCACAGUCUUAGCUCCGAUCAUAAAGUUCAGUGACUGACCCCACUCACCCGCCCGCCCAAUCUUCACGCGCGCCUGCACCCGCGCCCGCGCCCACGCCCACGCCCACGGUGCCUGCCUACCGCUCAACCUCGGCCUCACCCGUCGCACGGACCAUCGGUUCAAACUUGCUUUCGAUCAUCACUAGGCAUACGAACUCUCGACUCUUACCGGGACUCAAGUCUUGUUGCUUGUGGUAUCCGAGUCAGGCUGGGUCUAUACAUUCACCACCGACAAGUUCAAGCCGCUGGUCAAGGAGGAUGAGAAUGGCCAGCUAUCGCAGGGGCAAAAGUUGAUCGCCGCAUGCUUAGUCAGUCGCUCGGGAUAGGGGAGGGCACGAAGACUCACCCACUAAUGCAGAAUUUGUUCUUUCUUCCCCCUUCCACUAUCUCGUCACAGGAGGCCAAAGACUCGGGAUCACCUCCGCUCCCCUCGCACCCGAGCUAUCAACCGACAUCUAGUGGCAACUUUGAGGCCAACUCGGCCACCCACGGCGGUCAGAUCGCACUCAAGGCCAACCCGAGAAUCAGCAGUCAGAGUCGACCCAUUGUCUCGAACCGCCGCGUGUCGUCAAAGGGACGAAACCAUAUCCCGACAGCGAUCCGGAUCGGCCACGAUCCGAAUGUGCCUCCUGUGCCGCACCUCCCGACGCCGAUGACGAGCGGUGGGAAUGGCGGAAGCUACAUGGACCAACCUUUGACCUCGCCGAUAUCCCCUCACGGUCCUAGAGCACUCAGCCAUCCUCCACCUAGUCCGGCCGGCAGGGGCAUGCAUCACAUGCAGCAGCAGCAGGCCCAGGCGAUGCUCGGUGCGGGCCAUCGACCGAGCCAGAGCGACUACGCCGACAUGUUCCAACGCGCCGAGGGUAUGCACAUGGGUGCAUCGUCAUACGAUCCAUAUGGCUCUGUGAGUAUAUGCGCUACCGACGGUCGAUUAGUAUCCAGAUGGUGAACUGACUUGGAGACAUCCUUCUACCUCGCCCUUGUACAGUCAAACCCCAACAUGCCCUUGAGCAUGGGCUACGGAGGCCACCCGGGAGCUCACCCGAUGUCCGAUUCUGCGUACGAGCUAUACGGCGGCCACUACACUCACCAACCCGAGACGUACCAACAAUCAGGUACACUCCAACGACCAGGCAGCUUCCAAACCCGCAGCCACAGUGUCAGCUCCGCGAGCGGUCAGUCGAACGGUUAUCUCGCCAAUGAUUUCGCGAAUCGGGAUUCGCGCGCUCGGAUGGAACAGCUGUUCGGGAUGGUAGGGACACCUUGA